AUGCGUAACGUCUACCCCAAGAUUUUCCUUUUACUCCUUUCCCUAUGGGUUGAUAAUCUGAAUGCAAUCCAAUCAUAUGUUCCGUGUGUUAAAGGAUUUAUACGUAACACAGACACAAAUGCAGUGUGCGCUGUGAGUUUUACACUUCCACCUUAUAGGUCACAGUAUGACUGCGUAUAUACAAGUUGCUCCUAUAAUCCCAAUGGUACCAAAUGGGUUCCGAUGCCAAAUUGUCAAUUGAUAGGAUCAAAAGACAAAGGUGUUAGUAAUCAAAAAUGUAUAAUGUAUGAUUAUAACGAAAAACUUGGAAACUUUGCUUGUACUAACGCCGCUGGAAAAUCUUAUGCUUGUCCUUAUACACCUCAAACUGUGCCAGCCAUGGUAUGCACGGACUGUAAUCUUUAUCACCAAAAAUGA